AAUGAGUGUAACCGUGCCUCUUUCUUAAAAAUAACAGUGAAAAAUCUCAAUUUCCCUGCACCAAUUCUCACUGCGUUUCCUCUCAGUUCCCCUCUACCCUAUUAAUCUUUUUCACACCACCGUCUAUCACCACCGGGUCACCUUCUAAUCACCACCGUGUCUCCGUCUAAUCACCAUUGCACCGCCCCACUUCGUCUCCCUCUCAGCACACAACCUCCUUCUUCAUCUACCUCAAACCAAAGCACCAAUUCGCCUGAGUUUUGUGCGUCUCUGUCAACACCACCGUGCGUCUCCCUUUCUACCUCAGACGUGAAUUUCGUGAAUAGUGAAUAAAGGCGAUCCUUCCCUGCGGUUGGUGAAAUUACAGUUAAUUCAGUGCAGAAGGAAACUUGUUUGGUCUUGCUCCUUCCUCACCUCACAUCUUCCACGAACGUAUUUCACUGUUAACACCAACAACACACCCAAAGCCCCAAUCUUGUUCAGAUCCCUCGCACCCUUUUCCAUUCAAAUUAGGGGUGUGGCAAGAUGAGUGAGGUUUUCGAAGGGUACGAGCGUCAGUACUGUGAGCUCUCUGCUAAUCUCUCCCGCAAAUGUAGUUCAACCUCGCUUGUUUCUGAUCAAGAAUUGUUGGAGGCUGGCAUGGCAGAUACUCAUUCGGACUCUCAUCAUAUGGAGGACAGCGCACGCCGAGAGAAAGUUAGAAAGUAUGAAGAAUUUGUUGACAAACGCUUGAAACCUGAUCUUAUUCAUGCAAUUAGUCAACGGGACAAGGUUUUUGAACAACAAAAAAUUUUUGCUGAUCUGCGAAGAAACAUUGAAAAUCUAGAGAAGAAUAGUGUAACCAGUCUAAGAACUUUGGUCAAUCUUGGGUCUGAAGUGUACCUGCAGGCAGAAGUGCCAGAUACACAACGCAUAUUUGUGGAUGUAGGAUUUGGAUUCCAUGUGGAGUUUACUUGGUCGGAAGCUUUGAACUACAUAGAAAAAAGGGAAGAAAAGAUAGCCAGGCAGAUAGAUGAGUACACCCGGUUGAUUGCAUCAAUUAAAGCCCAAAUCAAGCUUGUUUGUGAAGGGAUUCGAGAAUUACUUCAACUUCCGGCUGAGAAAUCCUUACCAGAGCGGAUAUUUUGAUGUUUACCAACAAGCUGCUCAAGAAAUGAUGAAGAAAAACAGAGAUUGAUAUUUAUCCACCUCAGUACAUGAAGAUACAUAAAAUUUUGUUAGGUUUUUUAGCUACCCAUUUUCCUUUAGUUAUGGUGUCCUGUGUUAUUAUAGUACAAUUGUGAUGCCUCAGCCUUCAUGUAAUAUUUCAAGGCAAGAUUUGUUUUUUAGCCAUUGGGUUUAAAUUGGUUGGCUUAAGAAUUUUCAAUAUUAGGCUUCAGUUUUUGUUUUUUGGGUCAGCAGAGUAGGCUUGAUUUUAUGACAGAAUGUUUGUAAGAAGGGCUAGGUUUAUUUUGCAUUAUAAGAAUUUGAAAAACUAAUGCAAAAUAAAGGCUUUGUCGAUGAAUAUUAGGGGAAAGUUUGACAAUUGAAUUCCUUUUCUGGUCCUAA